AUGGGCGAAGGUGAAAUGUUGGAUGAAGAUUGUAUCGGAGCAACAUGUAACAAUGCCAGUCCACCCGCCUAUUCCAACGAUAUUCUGAUGGACGACGAUGUUUAUGGUGAGCUGAUUGUUUUGGGUUUCAAUGGUCAGACCGAGAAUAAAUCGACGUCGAAGCGGUAUUUGACGAAGAUGACGUUGAGACGGAGAGAUUUGGCGAAUGGCAUCAAAAAAUGCACGGUACACAAUUAUAACGGACCGGCUGGUGAUCAUAAAUUGGUGAAGGACAAGGAUCGACAUACGGUGGCGUUUCAGUGUGAAACGCACAAAUCGGUGAUUAUUGAGUAUGGCAAUGAUCCGACGAAGGAUAUGUUUCAGGUGGGGGGUUUUGGGGGACGGGCUUGGGAACUGGGCUUUUAGGCCUGAAAAUUCGGGAUUUUUUGAGCCUAGAUUCGGCCUAGGAACUUAGGGUUUUCAGCUUAAUCUUGAGGAACUUUUCAGCCUAGAUUUGGCCUGAAAAUUUGGGAUUUUUUGAGCCUUAAUUCGACCUAGGAACUUGGGGUUUUCAGCCUUAUUUUGUGCGAUUUUUAAAGCCUAAAUUCGGCCCGAAAUCCCGGAUUUUUAGGCCUGAAAAUUCGGGAUUUUUGGAGCCUAGAUUUGGCCUAGAUUUUCAGGGUCUAAAAAGGUCUUGAAAUUCCAAAUUUUUAGGCCUAAAUUCGGCCUAGGAAAUUGGGAACUCAGCUUAAUCUUGAGGAAAUUUUUGAAUUUCGCACCUUGAAAACUUGAGCGGGAAAUUUGAAUUUUUGAAUUUCGCGCUUUUGAAAAAUUUAGCGGGAAUUUGAAUUUUCGAAUUUCGCACCUUGAAAAAUUAAGCGGGAAAUUUGAAUUUUUGAAUUUUGCGCCCUGGAAAAUUAGGCGGGAAAUUUGAAUUUUUGAAUUUUCAGAUCGGUCGAGCUUCAGACGAGCAAAUCGAUUUCACAAUCAUCGACACCUGGAUGUUUUUACCGGAAAGUGGUGAGUGUAAGCUUCCACGUGGCGGCAAGUUACGCUAACUUUUUCCAGCCACCAACAUCGCGAUGCCCUCUCGACCGCAAGUCGAAAUUCUCGAAAAAGGCGAUCGAACUUCAACAAUAUCCCGAUUUGCCUGCCGGAUUCUGAUAGAUCGUGAAAAUUCGAACAAGGCCUAUUUGUAUGCGGCCGGAUUCGAUUCACAUCAUAAUAUUUCGAUUAAUGUGAGUCUUGCGAGCGGUAGCGAGUGUAAGCGGAAGCUUCCGCGUAGCGGCCACGCGGAUUACUAUGACGUGGAAUACCAGUCACGCUUCGACGACAUGGCAAUCCACGUGGCCGCUGAAGCGGAAGACAGUGCCGCUACGCGGAAGCUUGCGGUUUACACUCGCCACGCUCAGAAAAACCAUGCCGGAUCUGAAAAUUUCAGUGAAAAUCAAGAGUUUUUCAAGAUUUUCACUGAAAUUUUGAGAUCCCGCGCAGGGAAAUCUAUCGCCAAUUUUUUUUUCGAGCGUAGCGAGUGUAAACCGCAAGCUUCCGCUUCAGCGGCCACGUGGAUUACUAUGACGUCGAAGCCUGACUGGUAUUCCACGUCAUAUUAAUCCACGUGGCUGCUUCGCGGAAGCUUGUGGCGGCCCAGAAGCCUAGAAGCCCCCCCAAAAAAACCCCAAAUUUUCCAGCAAAAAGCCUUGAAAUGGGCCAGCCCAGCUGGAGAAGUCGACGGACUUACCACAAAUGGCGUCCUCAUCCUUCACCCCAACAAAGAUGACCUCAUCGAUCAGACGAUCGAAAAACCAAUGUAUAAAUGGCGAGAAGUGUCGAUAAACGGCAAUGUGUACGAGCCGCGAAUCACGCGAAGCUCAUCGACACGCGGCGCGCUCGUUCCGGAAUGGACGAACAUGUUGCAGGACGGCACGUUGAUCGACCUGUGUGGAGCGACGAUUUUGUGGAGGACGGCCGAUGGGCUCGAAAGAUCGCCAAAGUUACGCGAACUUGAGAUGGCGUUGGAUCGAUUGAAUGCCGGAAAACCGCAGUGUCCGGUGAAUUUGAAUACGCUGGUGAUACCGAAGAAGAAGAGUAGUCGAGGGGCGAGUAGGAGACAACCAUAUGUGAGUUUUUUUCUGGGGAGGGGGGGGGUCUAGGCUUCUGGGAGGUUUGCAGGCUUUCCGGAAGGUUUUCAGGCCUUCCGGAAGCUUCAGAAAGGUUCCUAGACCUUCCGGAAGCUUCAGGAAGGUUUCCGAAGGCUUCUGGAAGAUCCUAGAAUGCUCCUAGUCUCUGCCGGAAGCUUCUGGAAGGUCCUUAGGCUUUCCGGAAGCUUCUGGAACGUAAUUAUACCUUCCGGAAGGUUUCAAGCCUUUCCGGAAGCUCCUAGAAUGCUCCGAGGCUUUCCGGAAGCUUCAAAAAAGUUUCCAGGCCUUCCGGAAGCUUCUGGAAGGUUCCUAGGCUUUUCCGGUAGCUUAUAGAAUGUUCUCUGGCCUUUCCGGAAGCCCUUGGAAGGUUCCUAGACUUUCCGGAAGCUCCUGGAAAGCUCCAAGGCUUUCCGGAAGCUCCUAGGCUCUUCCGGAAGCUUUUGGGAAGCUCCAAGGCCUUCCGGAAGCUUCUGGAAGGUUCCUAGGCUUUCCGGCAGCUCUUGGAACGUUAUUAUACCUUACGGAAGCUCCAGGGCUUUCCGGAAGCUUCAUAAAAGGUUUACAGACCUUCCGGAAGCUUCUGGGAGAUUCUUAUGCUUUCCUGAAGCUUUUGGGAAGCUCCAAGGCUCUCCCGGAAGCUUUUGGAAAGCUCCAAGGCUUUCCGGAAGCUCCUAGAAUGCUCCGAGGCUUUCCGGAAGCUUCAGAAAAGUUUCCAGACCUUCCGGAAGCUCUUGGAAGCUCCUAGAAUGCUCCCAGUCCUUCAGGGAGCUCAUGGAAGGGUUUCUAGCCUUUCUCAAAGCUUCUGGGAGGUUCUUAGACCUUCCUUAAGCUCCUUAAAUGUUUCUAACCCUACCGGAAGCUCCUAGAAUGCUCCAAGGCUUUCCGGAAGCUUCAGAAAGGUUCAUAGGCUUUCCGGAAAAAACCGCUAAAGCGAACGAUAGUGCCGCUGCGCGGAAGCUUGCGGUUUACACUCGCUCGCGCUUGAAAAAUGCAAUUCCAAAUUUUCUUCUAGGUCUACCUCCAAUGCGGUCACGUGCAAGGCAAACACGAAUGGGGAGUUCACCCGACGCCAGGCGGACAACGCGGCGGAAAAUGUCCGAUUUGUCUCAUCGAAUCCGAGCGCAUCAUUCAGCUCACAAUGGGCAUGGAACCAUCGUUUCACCUCGAUUCCGGAACCCUGGACUAUGCUUUCAACCCGUGCGGGCAUAUUGCUAGCAAGCAGACGGUUUUGUGAGUGUUUUUUGAAUUUUUGAAUUUCCCGCCUAAUUUUCCAAGCCGCGAAAUUCGAAAUUUCCCAAUUUUACAGAUACUGGUCGCGGAUUCCGCUUCCGCAAGGCACCUGCCGCUACGAUCCCGUCUGCCCAUUUUGCUAUCAACUUUUGGCCACCGAAAAACCGUUUAUUCGCCUGAUUUUCCAAGAUAAUUGUUUCGACGAAGACACAAUUUAUACAACUAACUAA